AUGAUGGAAAAUAAGACAGAAGUAACACAAUUCAUCCUUCUAGGACUAACAAAUGACUCAGAACUGCAAGUUCCCCUCUUUAUAAUGUUCCUCUUCAUCUAUAUUAUCACUCUGGUUGGAAACCUGGGAAUUAUUGUAUUGAUAUUCUGGGAUUCCUGUCUCCACAAUCCCAUGUAUUUUUUUCUCAGUAACUUGUCUCUAGUGGACUUUUGCUACUUUUCAGCUGUCACUCCAAUGGUCAUGGCUGGAUUCCUUAUAGAAGAUAAGGUCAUCUCCUACAAUGCAUGUGCUGCUCAAAUGUACAUUUUUGUAGCUUUCGCCACUGUGGAAAAUUACCUUUUGGCCUCAAUGGCCUAUGACCGCUAUGCAGCAGUGUGCAAACCCCUACAUUACACCACCACCAUGACAACAAGUGUGUGUGUUUAUCUGACCAUAGGCUCCUACCUCUGUGGUUUCCUCAAUGCCUCCAUCCACACUGGGGACACAUUUAGUCUCUCUUUCUGUAAGUCCAAUGAAGUCCAUCACUUUUUCUGUGAUAUUCCAGCAGUCAUGGUUCUCGCUUGCUCUGAUAGACGUGUUAGCGAGCUUGUUCUUGUUUAUGUUGUGAGCUUCAACAUCUUUUUUGCUCUCCUGGUUAUCUUGAUAUCCUACAUAUUCAUUUUUAUCACCAUCCUAAGGAUGCACUCAGCUUCAGGAUACCAGAAGGCUUUGUCCACCUGUGCCUCUCACUUCAUUGCAGUCACCAUCUUCUAUGGGACUAUUAUCUUCAUGUACUUACAGCCCAGCUCCAGUCACUCCAUGGACACAGACAAAAUGGCAUCUGUGUUCUAUACGAUGGUCAUCCCCAUGCUGAACCCCCUGGUCUAUAGCCUGAGGAACAAGGAAGUGAAGAGCGCAUUCAAGAAAGUUGUUGAGAAGGCAAAAUUGUCUCUAGGAUUGUGAGUUUAACAUUGUAGUAUUCACCACGACCUAUUUCUCUCGGAUCUUCUCCAUGUUCUGAAUCACAUUUAAGGUCCACAAUAAUGUUAAAUUCCUGAUGUGAUGACCAUGCCUGUUUAAAACUCUAUUGUCUAGAUAAAAAGAAACAUUAUGUCCAGAAACAUAACACCUGAACGAGAAUGGCUGAGACAUCUCGGGGCUUCCUUGCCAAAAACCUUAAAGAUAUUAAUACAUUCAUUCGUUCUACAUGCAUUUUUUUUUCCUACCACAUGUCAAUGCAAAUAUACAUAAAACCAGAGCAAAAACAGUCCAUUAAUAGAAGUACAUGGAAGUUUCACAUGAAAUGGGAAAUUUUCCCUGUGUGUGGAAAAUGCAUCUGGAUUAAAUGUAAUGUGGCAAGUUCUGAUGGUCAAUUUUAUGUGUCAGUUUGGCUGGAUUAAGGGAUGCCCAGAUAGCUGCUUAAACAUUAUUCUGAAUGUAUCUGUGAAGGUGUUUCCAGAAGAGAUUAAUAUUUGAAUCAGGAGACUGAGUAAGGAAGAUCUGCCCUCACCAAUGUGGGUGGCCAUCAUUCAAUCUAUUGAGGGCUCUCCUGAAAAGAACAAAAAGGUGAAGGAAGGAUGAAUUUUCUCUCUUCUCGAGCUGGGACAGUCAUCUUCUCUUGCUCUUAGACAUUUGAGUUCCUGGUUCUCGGGCCUUUGGCCUCCAGGCCUUAUACCAGUUCCACAACUGUGUCCUGACCUUUCUCAGGCCUUCAAACUCUGAGUUACUCUACUGGCUUUCCUGGUUCUCCAGUUUGCAGUUGUGAGACUUCUCAGCCUCCAUAUU